AUGGAUCCAUCUUCUCCUGUAUUACCAGCAACCAUUUUAGAACAAACUGCCUUGCAGCUAGGAUGCAGUCCCACAGACAAGAAACUUGCUCUUCACUUAGAUGAAGAAGAUGAGUUAAAGCAUCUUCGUGAGUGUUUCUGCAUCCCGAAAGUCAAGGAUCUGCCUCCAACUGAUCUGAGCCUGGUGAACGGAGAGGAGAGCUGCGUGUACUUUGUUGGGAAUUCUCUUGGGCUCCAGCCAAAAAAAGUUAAAACUUACUUGGAUGAAGAACUGGACAAGUGGGCUCGAACAGGUGUUCAUGGCCAUUUCAAUGGUCAGCGUCCAUGGGCUUUGGCAGACGAGUGCAUCGUGGACCUGAUGGCUGAGCUGGUUGGGGCCCAGAGACAAGAAGUAGCCUUAAUGAACGGGCUAACUGUUAACUUGCACCUCCAGAUGCUAUCUUUCUUUAAGCCUACUCCAAGACGCUGUAAAAUUCUUCUAGAAGCCAGAGCCUUUCCCUCUGACCAUUACACUGUUGAGUCCCAACUUCGACUUCAUGGACUUGAUGUGGAGACUGCUCAUGUACACGCAUCUCUAGCUCAUCCUGGGGAGGAGACCUUGAGGAUUGAAGAUAUCCUUGCUGUAAUUGAGAAGGAAGGAGACUCUAUUGCUGUCAUUAUGUUCAGUGGGGUGCAGUACUACACGGGGCAGCUGUUUGACAUUCCUAGAAUAACAAAGGCUGGCCAGAGAAAGGCUAUUUUUCCAUCUUGGGUCUCUCAGAUAAAUCAAAAUUACUACGUAUUGUGCAAGAGGCUCAUCAGCAGGCUGAAGAGGAUGUAG